GGGGGGUAUGAGUGUUUUUCGGUGUUCCGGGAAGAGGGACGGCGGGUCAAAGCUCGCGAAAGUGAGACGCCGUCCCAGUGUACGACGCUCUCCCCGUGGCCGCUGCACGCGCACCGACCCGCUACAUAGUUUCAACCCAGGAUUAAGAGGACAAUGCAGUGAUGACCGAAUGCCCCCCCAAAAUCUGCCGAAGAAUGAUCAGCCAUCAGCAAAAUACACAUAAUAUUGUAAUAGUUCGCCAUCCCGAGUCUGUCUGUGUACCAGUCAACUAUAAGGUGACUCUCUGUGUCCGCGCUGAGGGCUUUGGUGUCCUGAAUUACCAGUGGUUUACGUCUGACAACCAGGAGGUGUACGGUGCCACUCAAGCGGACCUGACCGUCAAAGCGAAGAAAAAUCUGCCCUACGUGUGUCGAGUGAACGAUCAGUUCUCCAACUGUGUAUUCAGUGAAUGGGCCAAAGUGAAGGUUUUGGACGUUAAUGAAUCAGGUCUGCCAGAACAAUGGCAGGGCAACCCCCACAUUUUUGUCAACCCUGAACCCCAGAGGGUCCGGCCGGGGGAGAAAGUUACCCUCUGCUGUGCUGCAUUUGGCAUCCCCUCUCCAAGGUAUCAGUGGUACAGAAAUGGACUGCUCCUGCUGGACCAGACCAGUGAAAGCCUGCAGAUAGACGGUGCAACAUGGAAGCACGAAGGAUCAUACCUGUGCGCUGUGUCCAAUAGAAAGCAAGAGAUAUGGACAGAGGCAGCUGAUAUUCAUAUAGUGCCAGUUGAUCCUCAUCCUGCUGCGAUGCACACAGUGCCAAUUGAUCGUCAUCCUGCUGCAAUGCACACAGCAACCGACAAAGUAGCUCUGCUUAUCGGCAACCUGAAUUACUACCACCAUCCGGGCUUGUUGGCCCCUACCAUGGACGUACACGAGCUGGCUAACCUCCUACAACAACUUGGCUUCAGAGUGGUGUCGCUCCUUGAUCUCACCAGAGAAGAGAUGGAAGCUAAAAUUGACGAGUUCAUACAGCUCCUCGACUGGGGAGUAUAUGGCCUUUUCUACUAUGCAGGCCACGGAUAUGAGCGCUCCGGGAGAAAUUACUUGGUGCCUGUUGACGCCCCGCAGCUAUAUCAACCUGCUCACUGCGUCUGUGUGCAGAGGGUCAUGCUCGACAUGCAGGAAAAAAGCACCGCCCUGAGUGUAAUCCUAUUGGAUACCUGUAGAAAAUGGUACAACCAGGCUUGCAUACCCUCAGAAAUAAUGCCUUCGAAACCCCACGGAAAUACUGUUUAUGGUUAUGCCACAUGUGAAGACGCCGAGGCCUUCGAGGUCCAGGAUGGAGGGAAGAGCACUGGAAUCUUCACCAAAUACUUAAACAAACACAUCUUACAGUCUAAAAAAGUUACCCAUAUCUUGGAACAGGUGUCUGAGGAUUUAGGGAGAGACCCUCUGGUCAUAGACAAGCAGGUGGUGGAGAUCAAACACACCAUGAAGGAGCCUCGCUCCCUUGCAGAUCCAGUGAGGACCAUUGGUCACACUAGGGAGCUACAGCUGCGAGACGCCUGCUGGAGACGAGCCAAUGAGCUACCAAAGAGAAUACGGCUGGUGUUUCAUUGUGGCGUGGAGGUGGAGGUCAGUUUCUCAGCUCUGUUCUCCAACGUCAUGGUGGCCUUUGCCACUGUUAAGACCACAGGCCCCAGAGCAACAGACUGCACUGUUACUCUCAGAAGCAUCCCCCCAAUGGAAGACAUAUUCUCGCGUCCCGGCAGGUCAGAGGAGAUGGACUCUCUAUUACAUAACGGAUCUGAUAACCCUGACUGUACUCUGCGACUUUGCGCUCUUCAAAAGCUGCAGGGGUCGCUGGUUAUCAAGGUGAAUCUACACUAUACUGAUAUGGACAGUAAGCUGCGCCUUAAAGAGAGCAAACAGAGGGAUAUAGGAAAGCCUCUGGUAGCAUCCUGUAGAGGGUACAAGAAGAAUCAUGUGGGCACAGCCAAAAGACAAGAUGUCGCUCAAAGUUUGGGUGACAUUACCAACAGCAAGCCACCAACGCGUCAGAAUUUGGGUGGUCAUUGUCGCCCCUUCACCAGAAAGGCAGAGUGUGCCCCUAAAGUCAAAGCUGCAUGUAGCAAUGAACCUGAAGAGAAUGAUGAAAGAGAGUUAUAACUUACUCUUUGAAACCUAAUCCAAUUUACUCUAUGAAACCUAAUCCUUCUGCUCCUGUUGUAUAUAUGUCCAUAGCGAUCAUGAUUUCUUAUUGUAAUUUAAUAUAUAUGUAGGCUGACUGUCUUGCCUCAGUUGAUAAUAAAAGACAAUACUCAAAACUGUCAGCU